GCGUCGUUAGAUGAAUCCUCGGCCCGUCGCGGCGCGUCGUGGGACCUCUUCGUUUUGUCCUGAGAGCCCAGUUUUCCUGGUUUCUGCUGGCGUUUCUGGACUGGCGCACGUGACGGCGUUGGCGGGCGGCGAGGCCCUGCUGCCCUGCGACCUGUCGCCGGCCAACGACUCAGUGGCCCUGGUACUCUGGUACAAGGACGCCCUUCCGACGCCCGUCUACUCCGUGGACGCCCGCCGGGGAGACGUGAGCCAGGCGAGGCACUCGUCCAUCGCCUGGGGUCCCCGGGCCUACUUCGCCACCCAGCCGCCGGGGUUGAGGCUUCAGGCGCUCGCCGUGGGCGACUCGGGCGUCUAUCGCUGCAGGGUGGACUUCCGCAAGGAUCGAACCAGGAACCACGAGACGUCGCUAGUCGUCAUCGAGCCACCCGGGAAGCCAGUGAUUCGUGAGGCAGGCAGUGACAACAGGGAGCCUCUGCGGAGCCUUAUCGGACCUUACAACGAGGGCGACAGCCUGUCGCUGGUUUGCGACGUCGAAGACGGCAUUCCGGCCCCUACGGUGAGCUGGUGGCGCGAGAGCGUGCUCCUGGAAGGCAGCGUGUCCGAGCCGCGCCCCGGCGUGCGUCGCAAUGCCCUGGGGCCCUUCGUGCUUCGGCGCCAGGACCUGAUGGCCGUGCUCGCGUGCCAGACUUCCAACUCGAACCUCACCGCACCACUCAGCACCUCCGUCACCUUAGACAUGAACUUCCGUCCGCUGGAGGUGAGCGUGGAGUCCGUGAGCCGCCCUCUGGAGGCCGGCAAGACGGGCUGGCUGUCGUGCCGAGCCGUGGGCUCCCGGCCCCGCUCACGCAUUACCUGGCUGCUGGGAGACUCGGCGCUGCCGGGGGCUAAGCAGAACGAGUCGCUCGACGGCAACGUGACGCUCAGCCUACUGGCGCUCAGGCCCACCGCCAAGCACCACGGACGCCUUAUUCGAUGCCGCGCCGACAACGACCUGAUCCCCGGCUCGGACAUCUUCGCCGAGUUCCGGCUGCAGGUGAUGUUCGCGCCGAAGCUGACGCUGAAGCUGGCGACGAGCCUGCGCCACUCGCAGCUGCAGGAGGGGCAGGACGUGUACCUCGAAUGCGCCGUGGAGGCCAACCCACCGGUGACGGAGGUCCGCUGGUGGUUCGGCAGGCGGGAGCUGUUCAGCAACCACACGGCCGGCGUGCUGGUCAACAACCGCUCUCUGGUGCUCCAGAGGAUCCAGCUGGACCACAAGGGCCCGUACAGCUGCAGCGCCGUCAACUCCCAGGGGGAAGGGACCAGCAACACGCUGCACCUUAACUUCCAGUACGCUCCGGUGUGUCGCCGGGGUCAGAAGCAGGUGUACGGCGCCGCCUCGAACCAGCCCGUCCGCGUGAACUGCGAAGUGGACGCCCAGCCCGGCGCCAGCAACUUCCACUGGCGCCUCAACAACGACACCUUGACGAACUUCACCUGGUCCGGCCACUCGAGCCAGAUCACGCUCGUGCCGCGGCUCCCGGCCGACCUGGGCCGCCUGCUCUGCUGGGCCACCAACCAAGUCGGCACCCAGCGGAAGCCCUGCGUGUUCAGCAUCAGCCCGGCCAGGGACCCCGAGAGUCCGCGCAACUGCAGCAUCCACAACCGGACCGCGACGGCGUUCGUCGUCGAGUGCGAGCCCGGAGACGACGGCGGCAUGCCGGCCCUGUUCGUGCUUCAUGUCCUGGACGAGCUGAACCGCACCGUGCUGCGUGCCAACUCGAGCGAGCGGCCCGUGUGGUCCGUGAGUGGGCUCACUGGAGGAGCGCGGCUCUCGCUGCGGCUGUACGCGGUGACGGCCAAGGGUCGCAGCCCCGUGACCCUGCUAGGGGCCAGGACCCUGGCAGGGUCACAGAGCCUCACUGAGCCGCUCUGGCCCGGCAGCCUGAGCCCGCUGCUCGUGGUUCUCAUCGCUUGUGCGGUUGGACUUGUGUCGGUCGCCUUCCUCGUCCCGUUGCUGCUCAGGUUUCGGGCGAACAAGGACAGGCGGAAACCAAGCGAACCAACGAAAGGAGAUGACGAACAGCAAAUUGCUCCUCUUCAGCAGUACCCCGACGGUGUGUUAAAACUACGAAGCCCACAAAGUGAAGAAAAGUGUCCCGACGUAGUUCUCGACGUGAGUGGCGGCAGCGAGGAGAGGCUGAAAGAGGAAGACGACAGACCUUCCGAAGCGGUGCGGUGGAAAGGCUGGAGCGAGCAAGACUUGGAACACGAAAAAUCGAUGGCCCGCUCGACGCUGCAAGAGUACCAGCCCAAGAACGGGGGCCAGACGAGGGUCAAGCUGGUGGUUGAUCCCGCGUCGACUCCGGCCGGCACUGCCGUCCCCCAGCCGGAGUCCGCGUCGUCGCCCGACUUGUCCGAGUGCCUGCCUCCGCCGCCGCUCAAGUACCGGCAAACAAUCGUGUGAACGAAGCCGGUUCUUGUUUCUUACUCGCCCGUGGCGAGCGUCGAGACCUCGGUCUCUGGAACUGCUCGCUCGAAGGACCCUGGCCGGAGUGGGCAACGACACAGAAGGACGACGCCGAGGCGGAGUUUCGUCCUGUGGAGCGGCGUUCCUCGGCUCCCUUUGUAUCAUUCCGCUCGAAGAACGUGGAGAGGCAGAAAUGGCGCUCGCUUUUGGUGAAAGGGAAGGAGUGAGAGUUGGGAGAAAAGUUUUAUCAAAAACUUCCUCUUUUUUUUAUAAUUUUCUCGAGGUUUUUGUUUGUGGUGUUUUAUAUUUGCCACGGGUAUGGUUCUGGCAUACUAACAACAAAUAAGGCGAUAUUUUUAAAGACAUAUUGAAAUGCUUUUAGAUGCUUACAAAAAUGCUUUGCUCAAAACGUGCUUUGUCGGCACAACUGACUACCGGAAGCCCAAUCAGAGGAGUAUUGAGAAUAUUGCGACGCAUUGUACGCACGGAGAGUGUAAUACCGCGCACGCAUCUACGUUUGUACCACCAACGAUGAACCCUAAGAUUUAGCAUUGUAAUGCGUGCUCUAUCAUAAAAAUGAAUUUCACUGCGUCGUGAAUUUGAUGUAAAGCUGUGCGAAGUUUGGUGUAAAUUUGGCGCAAGUUUAAGUUUGUAUCAUAGUUACUCUUUGAAUUGUAAUCUGUCGCCAGUUUACCCGAUUUAGCGGGGUAAAAAGAUUUUAUUUAGGUUGUCUCACAACCGAGAAAUAUUGUAACUGUCAUUCACUUUUUAAAGCAAGUAGAUAAAAAAAUAGUCUGAAAACAACGUAGCCUUAAAAAUCAGAGGCACGAUUCUCUACAAAUGCAGUUCUAAGUCUGAUGAUAAAAGCUCGUGAAGAUGUUCGGUUAUUGGAAUCUGAAGUAUCACGAAGGUGCCAGUAUGGCUCUGGUACAACGGUAAUUCAUGACAUAUAAACUUACACUCACACGCGAAUUUUUUUGCAAUGUGCAGUCAUUAGAGUGCUGCUAACGGCUAGAGUGUUUCGAAAAGGGAGAAUGUUGUGAUCAAAUCAAAGUUCUGGUAAGAGAGAGGGAGAGAGAAAGAGAGAUAAAACUUUAUUAAGCUCAGAGAAGACUGGAUGUAAAAGAAGGUGCGGUGCUGCCGGUGUGCGAAAAAAAGUAAAGUCGCUACCGUCAAUUUGUACGCACGACUCGUUGCAUGAAUUUGUGAGAUUCCGUUGUCGAGUGUCGAGCCUCCCGUCGAGCAUAUAUUAGAAAAAGUAAAAAAAACAAAUUCGCAUGACGAUAAUCUUUCGCAUACUCGCUGAGCAUAAAAACUUCCAAGCAUCACAGCAAAGCGCCCCUCCCCCUCCCUCUACCCUCGUUUGUGGUGUGCUGGCUGCCACGAUAUUAUCGAGCAAACGCAUGUUACAAGCAGACACCGAAGAGUCACUGCAGUUUUGUAUAUGUAACCCCUUCACACCCUAAGCUCUCCAUGCGCGUAACGCUCCCGCCCACCCUCUCGCAAUCCCUUACUUUCUACUACACUGAGCGUACCCCAUUGUUUAUCCCAUUGUUUAUCCCGUCCAAAUAAGCCUGCCAAACAUGAAGGAUAGUUUCCAGCAUCGGAAAGCGGUUCUGUCAAGUUGAUCAAAGGAAGUUUUUACUUUCGUUCUGUUUUGUGCCUGGCUUCCACUUCAUUUGCCCUUACGUCCGGAUGCAGCUGGCGAUAUGAUAUCUUAAUACCAAGCAAACGGUGUCAAAAGCGUACCAACAUGCUCUUUGUUAUGUUUCGGUGCGUGCUCUAUCAUCGCUGAACCAAUCAUGUGCAGAGAAAGCCCAGUGGCUUACGCUUUUCACGCCGUUCGAUGAGUUCCAUCAGCUCGCAAAAUAGGACGCGUCCGGACCUAAGGGUGAAACGAAGCAUAGUGAUGGAAUUGGCCGAUGCCGCCCGAGAGAGCUUCCCUUUCGCCGAAGAGUGAGCUGCCAUCGACAUCAUUCCGUGUGCAUAGCAGUGACUUAUGUGGCAUUGAAUUGGUGAGAGUGUGGACGCUGGUUUCACAGCAUCAAGGACACUGAACGCGGACAAGCCUCCGAUGAGUGAUACCCGGAUUGUGAUAGAAAACUCAACGUGACUCUGCGGCGCCGACGUUGUUUCGAGUAGUGGACAUGAAGUGUCAUCUCCGAGUGGAUACCGUCAUUGUUUCGCCUUCACUCUGCAUUCUAGGGGAUCACAUAAGGCGCGCUGUUCGGAUUAUAUCAAGUUAGUAAUAAACUUUAAUUCUUCUUUUCGGC